UUAUGCACAUGUAGUUCAUAGACAUAGACUAAAUUCAUACAUUUCCCCGAAAGGACUUGGCCCAGUGAUCUACUGCUGCCUACUGCCAACAGAUACCAGUGGUACACAGGACUCAGACCCAGAAGUUGUGCAUGUGAGGGGGGCAGAAGGGGUAGGCUACCAGGAUGGGUUGCUGGGCCAAGCUGAAGUUCACUGGCUGGGUGUUUCCCACAGCCGUUCUGUCGCUCUAUGGGUUCUUCGCCAACUGCAGACCAGCUGAGCCCUUCCUAACACCAUACCUUAUUGGACCAUACAAGAACAUCUCGGAGGAAGAGGUAAAGUAACCAGCAGCAGAGAGCUGUAUGCUACACUUUAUCAGUUUUGAUUGGAUUUGUUAAGAAGGUUGUGAUAAGAAAGUAAAUAAUAAUAUGCCAUUUAGCAGACGCUUUUAUCUAAAGCGACUUACAGUCAUGUGUGCAUACAUUUUUUUUAACGUAUGGGUGGUCCCAGGGAUUGAACCCACUACCCUGGCGUUACAAGCGCCAUGCUCUACCAAUUGAGCUACAGAGAAUGACGCACACUAUAACGAUAGAAUGAAAUACACUACAUGACCAAAAGUAUGUGGACACCUGCUCGUCCAACAUCUCAUUCCAAAAUCAUGGGUAUUAAUAUGGAGUUUGUCCCCCCUUUGCUGCUAUAUCAGCCACCACUCUUCUGGGAAGGCUUUCCUCUAGAUGUUGGAACAUUGCUGCAGGGAUUUGCUUCCAUUCAGCCACAAGAGCAUUAGUGAGGUCGGGCACUGAUGUUGUGCGAUUAGGCCUGGCUCGCAGUUGGGGUUCCAAUUCAUCCCAAAGGUGUUCGAUGGGGUUGAGGUCAAGGCUCUGUGCAGACCAGUCAGGUUCUUCCACACCGAUCUCGACAAACCAUUUCUGUAUGUGGCUUUGUGCACUGUGGCAUUGUCAUGCUGAAACAGGAAAGGGCCUUCCCCAAACUGUUGCCACAAAGUUAGAAGCACAGAAUCGUCUAGAAUGUCAUUGUAUGCUGUAGAGUUAAGAUUUCCCUUCACUGGAACUAAGGGGCCCAGCCCAAACCAUGAAAAACAGCCCCAGACCAUUAUUCCUACUCCACCAAACUUUACAGUUGCCACUAUGCAUUCGGGCAGGUAGCGUUCUCCUGGUAUCCUCCAAACCCAAAUUAAUCCAUCGGACUGCUAGAUGGUGAAGCGUGAUUCAUCACUCCAGAGAACGCAUUUCCACUGCUCCAGAGUCCAAUGGUGCCGAGCUUUACACAACUCCAGCCGAUGCUUGGCAUUGUGCACAGUGAUCUUAGGCUUGUGUGCGGCUGCUCGGCCAUGGAAACCCAUUUCAUGAAGCUCCCGACUAACAGUUAUUGUGUUGACUUUGCUUCCAGAGGCAGUUCGGAACUCGGUAGUAAGUGUUGCAACCGAGGACAGACGAUUUUUACAUGCUACACGCUUCAGCACUCGGCGGUCCCAUUCUGUGAGCUUGUGUGGCCUACCACCUCGCGACUGAGCUGCUGCCGCUCCUAGACAUUUCACAGUAACACCACUUACAGUUGACCGGGGCAGCUCUAGCAGGGAAGACAUUUGACGAACUGACUUGUUGGAAAGGUGGCAUCCUAUGAUAGUGCCACGUUGAAAGUCACUGAGGCCAUUCUACGGCCAAUGUUUGUCUAUGGAGAUUGCAUGGCGGUGUGCUUGAUUUUAUACACAUGUCAGCAACGGGUGUGGCUGAAAUUGCCAAAUCCACUAAUUUGAAGGGGUGUCCACAUGCUUUUGUAUAUAUAGUGUAUGUGCUACUGUAUACAGUGGGCUAUGUUCUAUUUUUGCUUCAUACAGACGAUCGGUAGGACUAUUCAGUAUCCCUGUGCAUAUUGAAUAGAUCUACUGAUAAAUGAAUCACUCCUCUCCCUGUGCCUCCUCAGGUUACCAACUACCUGUUCCCCAUCUGGACGUACUCCUACCUGGCAGUCCUCUUCCCAGUCUUCCUGCUGACAGACUUCCUGAGGUACAAGCCAGUGAUCGUGGCCUCUUCCUGGUCACCAACUAUGUCCUGCUCUGCUUCGAUCCCCGCCUGACUGCCAUGACCUUCCUGCAGUUCAACUAUGCCGUGGUGACCUCCACGGAGGUGGCCUACUUCUCCUAUAUCUACAGCGUGAUCCCUCCGGAGAGGUACCAGCGGGCCACCGGCUACCUCCGCAGUGCCAUGCUGACAGGCGCCACCCUAGGUGCCACCCUAGGCCAGUUGCUGGUCUCCUUGGCAGGGCUGGACUACUUCUACCUCAAUGCCAUCUCCAUGGGGAUCCUCAGUGUUGCGUUCUCCGUCUGGCUACCCAUGCCCCAGCGGUGGAUGUUCUUCAGGGGGGAGAAGGCUGCCCUGGACCUGAGCGCCAAGGGCCAGGUGUGGAAGGAGGCGAGUGCAGUGGAGGAGGCAGAGGAUGAAGAGGAGGACGUGGAGGAUGGUGCUGGGUCGGGUAGGACCCAGGGAAACGGGGGUAGGACUGGCUGGUGCAGCCUGCAUAAUGUGGUCUAUGCUGGCAGGCUGCUCUGUAGCAGCUUCAGAGAGUCCUACUCCUCUAGGAAGCUGGUCUACUGGUCUCUGUUGGGGGCUCUAGCCACGGCCGGCAACGGUCAGGUGUUCAACUACAUUCAGCUGAUGUAGGACCACAUAGAGCCAUCCAGCACCUCCUCUGUCUAUAAUGGAGGGGUCGAGGCCAUAUGCGCAGUAGUAGGUAAGAAAGUCUCAGAACUGUGUGUGUGUGUGUUCAGUAGAGUAGCUGUGCUUUGGGGUUUGCCGGUUGGUGAAUUCUAUAUUCAGAUAAAAUGUUACGAUGCUAAUAUUUUUGUAUUACUAAAUAAAAAUAUACUAGUAAAAUUCCAAAAUUACCAGGACACAGCUGAAUGUUGGUCUCACAAUCUGAUGUAUAUGUGGUCCAUGAUUAAAUGGGUAAUGUGUUUCGAUGGGUUUAAGGCAAAGUAGUUCCGUGGUCAUCUUUCCUUUGGUUCAAGUUGGGCUCUGCACGCAGAGAGAGAAGAGUAAUUGCUUCAAUUAAGGUGAUAGCUUGGGUAACGAUUUCUCUGAUUAUUGCUGAUAGCUCGGGUUUGAGAGAUUUUGACUUAUCGUAACAAGUCAAUCUGACUUGGGAAGUAGAUAAAGGGCCUCAUUGCCAAAAUCACCAAGUAUCCCUUUAAUUAAAUCAAAGCCCUGUCCUCUAUCCUAUGUGUUCAGGGAUAGAGACAUUAUAUUGUCCUGAUAAAUGAUGGUAGAAAUACGAUGAGGGUCCUGUUCGAAUUCUUCAAAUUUUGCAUCCGUCCUUGCUUGGGGUAAUCAAUGAUCUGAUAUGACUGGAUCUUCAACAUCUUCAAGAACGAUCUGGCCUUAAUGGCCAUGUACUCUUAUAAUCUCCACCCGGCACAGCCAGAAGACGAGUGGCCACCCCUCAGAGCCUGGUUCCUCUCUAGGUUUCUUCCUAGGUUCCUGCCUUUCCAGGGAGUUUUUCCUAACCACCGUGCUUCUACAUCUGCAUUGCUUGCUCUUCAGGGUUUUUGGCUGGGUUUCUGUAUAAGCACUUUGUGACAAUUGCUGAUGUAAAACGGACUUUAUAAAUGCAUUUGAUUGAUUGAUUGAUUGAUUGAUUGAUGAAAUCCAUGUAUUGAAUCCUAUGCUUUAACCCAGCCAACAGUGUUGGAUCAGUGAUUGCUUAAAGGAAGGGAGGAAGGAAGGAUGCAGUUUACAAGUAUUUACUCAGGAUCUAAAAAGGAAAUCAUCCACUGUUGUUGUCCCAUCCCUGUCCUAUAGGUGCAGCUGCAGCCUUCUGUGUGGGUCAUGUAAAGGUGACCUGGGAUGUCUGGGGGGAGCUGUCACUGGGGGUGUUCUCUGCGGUGGGGGCAGGGGCCGUGUUUCUGAUUGGGCUCACCAGCAACAUUUGGGAAAGUUAUGCUGGCUACGUCAUAUUCCAGGCCUCCUACAUGCUGCUGAUCACCAUCACUACGUAAGUGAAUACUCUCUAAGCCAUACUUCAAUGAGCUCUGCUAUAUUUAUUUAAUAUACCUUCCAUGCAUCCCACAGACAUUCAUCAGAACUGCACAAUGAAAAUAUUCAGUACAUUUACAUUUUAGUCAUUUAGCAGACGCUCUUAUCCAGAGCGACUUACAGUUAGUGACUGCAUACAUUUUCAUACUGUACAGUACAAAGGAUUAUCUGUUUUGGCGUUACAGAUUCCAGAUUGCAUCCAACAUUUCCAUGGUAUGCUAUGCUCUAACGUUCGGAGUCAACACUUUUGUUGCCCUCUUGCUGCAGACCAUUUUCACAGCCAUCAUUGUUGAUGAAACUGCACUGGGGCUAGGCAUUGUCACAAUCCAGAGCUAGAAAGGCCAUUGCCCAUUCCUUUAACUGAUGCACAAGUUACCAAAAGUGAAGAGAGAGUGACACCUGGUGGAUAAUUAUUACUGCAUUAUUUCUGUUCUUGACCCCUUUAAUCAAACCAAAGCUUCAUUUCCCUUUCUCCAGUUCAUCAUCUAUGGCAGCUACUAUGCAGAAAUAUCUGUGCUUUUCCUGAUCCGAGGGAUGUACACAGCCUGUGCACACCACUGCAGGUCUAAACAGGCAAUGGACCAGGAACAGAAAGAAGAACCCAAAGUGGAGAUGCCCUCCUCAGACGGGUUCUGUUCUGACCACAGACAAUAGACUUGUAUUUAUAAUCAAAAUACAACAAAUGUUGCGUAAGCAUUGUUUUGUCCAACUUCUCUGUAAGUCAUCCAAAAGAUAAGGUGUGUUCAAUUGAUAGGCAUGGCCAUGUUAAAUAUUGUUGUUGAUUGAUUGACAGACUGACCUCAGUGAUUACACAAACAAACCGAGGUGACUUCCAUAUGGGGACUAGACACAGGCUGGAUUAAGAGUAGUGUGUGAGAGAGCAGACUAACCUGAGCAGGUAAAGCAAUAAACCUACUUUUUGUAUAAAGUAUAAAAACUUGUGUGGGUGAUAGUACUGGCUAUCGCUGUUUGUGGAUCUGUAAGGAUGGAGGCUGGGAAGUGGCGGAGGGCAGGAUGGGGCUAUCCCACCACUCUGCUGUGCAUCUAUGGGUUCUUCAAUACUUUGAAACCUCUCGUACCCUUCAUCUGCCCUUACCUGACUGGUCCAGACAAAAACCUGACAGUGGAACAGGUACAGUAGGCUACAGGACAAACAUUUCAAUGCAUUGUCUUCAUACUCUUAUACUCUCUUUAGAGGAGUGUCCCGAUUUCCUUCAUUUUUAAUCCGUAACUUUACAACUUUAUCAGUAAUGUUUAUGACUACUUUACUACCUACCAGCACGCUACACUACCCCCUUCCUGCUGUAAGUUCCUCACACUUACCCCCACUUUUUUCGAUGGCCGCAAGUGAGGUCAGAAAGUAGUCCGGACCAGGGUUUGAACUUGUGUCUUUGUGGCUGUCAACCCAACACCUUAGCCUUUACGGCAAGAUAUCUGAAUCUCUUGAUGAGGUCGCUGUGUUGCUCGCUAGGUGUUGGGUUAAGGUCGCUACAAUCAAUACAUUUUCUAUCUGAAUGUUCUGUAAUGUUGCAACCUCCCAAACAGACAGCAGUAUUGCACUCUAGCCCAGGUGACCAAUUGAAAUCUACCCAGUGUGGACAUACUCCUUCCUGGCUGUGAUGGUGACAGUCUUCCUGCCCUAGAUUGGUUGCGCUACAAGCUCGUCGUGGUGUUUCAGUGCAUCAACUUCUUCAUAACCUGGGCGAUGAUGCUAUUGGUGCAGGAGGGGGCAGCCUUUAAGGCAAUGCAGUUCUUCUUCGGCGUAAAGUCGGCCUGUGAGGUGCCCUACGUCUCAUACAUCUACAGCAUAGUGGACCUGAAACACUCCUGCAAGGCUAAAUCCUACUGCCGUAGUGUACAGCUGCUAAGCUACACGGUGGGCUCUGUGCUGGGACAGCUGCUGGUCUGUUUCAACCUCAUGUCUUACAACAACAUCCUGGUACUUACCCUGGUGUUGAUCUCCAUUGCCCUGGUGACUUCCCUCUUCCUGCCCAUGCCACAGAGAAGCAUGUUCUUCCAUCGGAGUCAAAGUGAACCACCACAGACCCCAGAAAGAGGGGACAGGUGUGCAGGUGUGCAGGUGUGCAGGUGAUGUGUCCACUGAGGGGCCAGAGAGGUCUAGGGGCUGCAGCCAAGUCUUCCUGCUGCUGUGGAGAGACUUUCUCCAGUGCUACUCCACCAGGGCACUGCUGCACUGGUCAGUGUGGUGGGUACCGGCUACCUGCGGCUACAACCAGGCAAUCAACUAUGUACAGGUGUUGUGGAAGCACAUACAGCCAUCCCAGAAAGUCACAUUCUGUUUGGUGAGUAGUGAAGCACCAACUAUUGGAGUACACAUAACCAUUGGGUAUUUGUAGAUGUUUGUCUGGCAUUAAUAAUCAAUCAUCAUCAACAGUCAAUCAGUCAUACUUCUAAUAUGUAAUUACUUAAUGGUAAGUUUAUCACAUCAUGUGUGUGAUUUACAGGUGCAGCGAUGGCCUAUGGCAUUGGUUUCCUCCAGGUGGACUGGGCCUAGUGGGGAGAGUUGUUCCUGUGCUCCUUCUCUGGCCUGGGGGCCUUAUCACAUUUGCCAUGAGAGUUUGUGAAUUACUGCCAUUAGAAAAAUGUAGGUGCCAAACUUGAAUGAUUAUUUAGCAAGAACAAACGUGACCAUUUCCUCCAAGGUUCCAAAUUGCUACUGACCUCCAUGGAGAGAUAAGCACUGAUCCUUGGAGCAAACAACUUUGGCUCUUUGGUCCUUUAGACUAUCAUCACAUCCAUUGUGGAGGAUGGCAGGGGGCUCGGCUUGGGCAUCAUUCCACAGGUGAGUUAAAGUUUCAAGUGUCAAAGGAGGCAAGUCCCUACAAACCAUUAGAUCCUGACUCUUCCACCACAACCCCCAGUGUCAUUAUCCAAAGUUAUGAAUAGAUACCUUGGACUUUUGCCUUGGAUGUUAUGAACUGUCCUGGAUGUUUGUCCAAAAAAACAACGUUAAAUAUCUGUCUCAUUCAAAAUGUUUUUUAAUUUUUUAUCUGAACUGUGUAACUGAAAAAUAAGCUUAAUGCUUUUCCACUCUUUCUUGCAGAUCAUCAUUUAUGGAAGCUACUUCUCAGCCAUCGCUGUCAUUUUUUUCCUGUGGGAUGUGUACACGAUUAUGAGAGUGCAGCAAAGCCACAGAGACUCCACCACUGCAGAGGAGCUUCCAAGCCCAACACUGUGUACACCACUGCAAACUUGAACAUGCAGUGGACCAAAAAGAAGAACCCAAAGUAGAAGUGUUUUGAUCUGACUGGUUCUGACCACAGACAAUAAUCUGUCCAAAACUGAGGGGGGCAAGGUGUCUCACCAAACUUUUACUUUAAAAUCUAACGUCAUGGUGCUCUGUAUACUUGUAUUUAUAUUCAAAAUAAAAGUUGAUAAUGACUGGGCAUAGACGUCAGUUCAACCUCUAGUUUUGAUUUGUCAACUAAAUGUGAAUUCAAAGUUAAAUCAACAACAAAUGUCACAAAGUCACCAAGUUUAGGUUAAAAGUUGGGUAAACAAACAACGAAAUGCCCUUACCUUGAUAACUUUUUGCAAAUCCAAUCAGUUUUCCACAUUGAUUCAACAUCAAGAAGGUCAUUAGAGGUGCAUCAAAGCUGGGACCAAGAGACUGAAGAACAGCUUGUAUCUGAAGGCCAUCAGACUGUUAAAUAGCAAUUUGAUCAUGAAGGCCUGAUUCACACAGUCUCCUCUGAACAGUUGAUGUUGAGAUAUGUCUGUUACUUGAACUCUGUGAAGCAUUUAUUUGGGCUGCAAUUUCUGAGGCUGGUAACUCUAUUGAACUUAUCCUCUGCAGCAGAGGUAACUCUGGGUCUUCCAUUCCUGUGGCGGUCCUCAUGAGAGCCAGUUUCAUCAUAGCGCUUGAUGGUUUUUGCGACUGCACUUGAAGAAACUUUCAAAGUUCUUGAAAUUGUCCAUAUUGACUGACAUUCAUGUAUUAACGUAAUGAUGGACUGUCGUUUCUCUUUGCUUAUUUGAGCUGUUCUUGUCAUAAUAUGAACUUGGUCUUUUACCAAAUAGGGCUAUCUUCUGUAUACCCCCCCUACCUUGUCACAACACAACUGAUUGGCUCAAAUGCAUUAAGAAGGAAAGAAAUUCCACAAAUUAACUUUUAAGAAGGCACACCUGUUACUUGAAAUGCAUUCCAGGUGACUACCUCAUGAAGCUGGUUGAGAGAAUGCCAAGAGUGUGCAAAGCUGUCAUCAAAGCAAAGGGUGGCUAUCUGAAGAAUCUCAAAUCUCAAAUAUAUUUUGAUUUGUUUAACACUUUUUUGGUUACUACAUGAUUCCAGAUGUGAUAUUUCAUAGUUUUGAUGUCUUCAUUAUUAUUCUACAAUGUAGAAAAUAGUAAAAAUAAAGAAAAACCCUUGAAUGAGUAGGUGUGUCCAAACCUUUGACUGGUACUGUACAUAUAUAUUUAUACUCCGGACUUUGACAUUGCUCGUCCUAAUAUUUAUAUAUUUCUUAAUUCCAUUUGUUUACUUUUUAGAUUUGCGUGUAUUGUUGUGUAUUGUUAAAUAUUACUGCACUGUUGGAGCUAGGAACACAAGCAUUUCGCUACAUCUUCAAUAACAUAUGCUAAAUAUGUGUAUGCGACCAAUACAAUUUUAUUUGAUUACAUAGAUUUUUGUGGUUGAAAUGACGUGGAAACAACGUUGAUUCAAGCAGUUUUGUCCAGUGGGUACAUGUUGCAUAAGCAUGAUUUAGUCUACUCCAACUACUCUAUAAUUAAACUAAAAAAGAUAAGGUGUACAGCUGAUAUACAGGUAUGAUUUAUUAGUUUUAUUCAUUGCGCUCAUGUCUCAGUUCUAGAAGGAAUGUGUGUCAGUGGACCCUAAGUAUUUCCCUUUGAGCAAGUUGUUGAUUGACAGACGGAGCUUAGCGAUUACACAAACAACCUCAGGCUAGUUCGCUACUACUAUAGUAUUAUAGUAGGGAGUCGAUUAGCCUGGACAGGUAACACAGCUAAAUCGGACUAAUCUGGGCAGGUAAAGCAGCAAAACAUUGUGUCGUGACACUGGUGACUAUCUCUGUGGAUCUGUGAGGAUGGAGGCUGUGAAGCGGUGGAAGGCAGGAUGGGGCUAUCCCACCACUCUGCUGUGCAUCUAUGGGUUCUUCAGUACUGUGAAACCUUUGGAACCUUUCCUCAUACCUUACCUGACAGGUCCAGACAAAAACCUGACAGUGGAACAGGUGAGCUACUACAGUAGUCAAAUGUCAAUAAAAUGUUGUCAUUCCCGCACUUUUGAACAGCGCUAUAUCUAUGAGGAGACCAGGGAACAAAGUAACACAGGGUCAGUUGUAACAGUAUGAUAAUGGAAUGUUAUUCAAUGUGCUAAUGCUUGGUUAGUGUCUCUACAUGCGUAAGAAGUUUGUUUAAAUCCAUCAAUUAUCUUUUGUUUUAUUGACAAAAAAAAUGGGUUUUGAGACCCUAAAGUAAAUAUCCUUGCCGCCUCUCUUUUUUUAAUUAUUGACCUUUGGAACAUUCUCAAUUUUUCAUUUAUAUAGUUGAUGACAAUUAUCGUUGUAUUUUCUCACAAGAUUUAGAUAAGUAUAGGCUCCUAUGUGGGGGGUUAGCAGUACUUAAAACCUUAUAUGGUAUUUAGACCCAUUCACAUAGUGAUAUAAAAUGUAACUUAUUUACAUUAAGUUUAGCAGUACAACUAAGAGAAUACCUUAGAAAAAUGUAAAGAAAAGUCAAAUUCAUACUUUUGAAUGCUAAUAUAAUUAGCCUACAGUGCUGUGAAAAAGUAUCUACCCCCUUUCUGAUUUUCUCUAUUUUUGCAUAUUUUUGAUACUGAAUGUUAUCAGAUCGUCAACCAAAACCUAAUAUUAGAUAAAGGGAACCUGAAUUUACAAAUAACAACAAAAUUGAUACUUAUUUUAUUUAUUUAACUAACAAAGUUAUGCAACACCCAAUUCCCCUGUGUGAAAAAGUAAUUGCCCCCUUACACUCAAUAACUGGUUGUGCCACCUUUAGCUGCAAUGACUGCAACCAAAUGUUUCCUGUAGUUGUUGAUCAGUCUCACAUCGCUGUGGAGGAAUUUUGGCCCACUCUUGCAUGCAGAACUGCUUUAACUCAGCGACAUUUGUGGGUUUUCAAGCAUGAACUGCUCGUUUCAAGUCCUGCCAUAACAUCUCAAUUGGGAUUAGGUCUGCACUUUGACUAGGCCAUUCCAAAACUUCAAAUGUGUUGCUUUUUAACAAUUUUCUUGUAGAAUUGAUUGGGUGUUUUGGAUCAUUGUCUUGCUGCAUGAUCCAGCUGUGCUUAAGCUUCAGCUCACAGACAGAUGGCCUGACAUUUUCCUGUAGAAUUAUCUGAUACAGAGCAGAAUGGACAGAUGAGUCAAAAGUAUAACUUUUUGGACGACAUGGGUCCCAUUAUGCCUGGCGAAAACCAAACACUGCAUUCCACAGUAAGAACCUCAUACCAAUGGUCAAGCAUGGUGGUGGAAGUGUGAUGGUUUUUUAUUUUUUAAUAUACAGUAUAUAUUUAAAAAAUAUAUACAUGUAUAUACAGUACCAGUCAAAAGUUUGGACACACCUACUCAUUCAAGGGUUUUUCUUUAUUAUUGUAGAAUAAUAGUGAAGACAUCAAAACUAUGAAAUAACGGAACAUAUGGAAUCAUGCAGUAACCAAAAAAGUGUUAAACAAAUCAAAAUAUAUUUGAGAUUUGAGAUUCUUCAAAGUAGCCACCCUUUGCCUUGAUGACAGCUUUGCACACUCUUGGCAUUCUCUCAACCACCUGGAAUGCAUUUCAAUUAACAGGUGUGCCUUGUUAAAAGUUAAUUUGUGGAAUUUCUUUCCUUCUUAAUGCGUUUGAGCCAAUCAGUUGUGUUGUGACAAGGUGGUAUACAGAAGAUAGCCCUAUUUGGUAAAAUACCAAGUUCAUAUUAUGGCAAGAACAGCUCAAAUAAGUAAAGAGAAACGACAGUUCAUCAUUACUUUAAGACAAAAAAUGCAAAUCAAUUUAUAACAUUUUUGACAUGCGUUGUUCUGGAUUUUUUUGUUGUUAUUCUGUCUCUCACUGUUCAAAUAAACCUACCAUUAAAAUUAUAGACUGAUCAUUUCUUUGUCAGUGGGCAAACGUACAAAAUCAGCAGGGGAUCAAAUACUUUUUUCCCUCACUGUAGGUCCUAGAAACUUGUUUACAGUGUGUAAUGGUAGCUUAGAUAUGUUGUUUGUAUAAAAAUAUGAUUAAUCUAACUCAAAUAAUAAUUUCAUAAUAAGCAAAAGCAAUUUAUUUAUAUUUCUAAUCUCAACCAAUACCAUACCAAUCUACUGUAUUUCUAAUCAUGGUAACACUUUACUUGACACCCAUUGUCAUAACACGUUAUGACACGGUCAUAAUGUCAUAAGAGCUGACACAACUUGUCCUGUUGUGACAUAUUAUUUUGCAUUAUUUUACAGUUGGUUAUGACACCUACAUAAGAGUGUCAAAAACCACAUUUAUUCAAAAAUGUGUUUUCUCCCAGCCAAUAAGUUUCCUUUCAUUUGAAAGUUUGUUUCUUAAGUCAUGUGUUGUUGUAAUGAAUUCUGUUAACAGUCAUGCUUUUUUAAAUCAGAUUUUAAAUAACUUGCAGAAAAUACACUGUCAAGAAGCAUUAUGACAUCAUAAUCAUAUAAGCCAGAUAGGCCUAUCACGUACAUGCCCUUACAUCAGUCAUCAGUCACAAAGAGGGUGUCUUGUCCUGCUCCUGAAAUCUGUAACUGCAUUCGUCCCAGUCAUCAGCAGCCGAGCGUUGUGGAAGUUGCAUGUCUAACAUCAAUUUGUGCGCAAUUACAAUGAUAAUUUAAUAUGGUCAAUUUCAGAAAAUGUUAUAUAACAUAAACAUACUGAUGACAAGUAGGCUACGACAAAAAAUGGAAUGUUUUGCCUUGUGUGGUCGGUUUUGACACUCUUAUGUAGGUGUCAUAACCAGACAUAAAAUAAUGCAAUAUAUACCACAAAAGGUCUAAAUAUACUGUAUGUGUCAUGACCAUAUGAUGACAGGUUAUGUCAGCUGUUAAAACAUAUUAUGUGUUAUGACGCUGGUGUCAAGUGUUACCCUAAUCAUUUUAAGUCAAUGUACCAGGGGUUAUGAUCCCUUUAUUACCUGCUUGACAAAAAAGUGCAAUAUAUUGAAUUAGGUGAAGAAAUAAUAAGGCAUGGUAGGGUCCACUGAUGGUGCUUUGAAUGCUUUUCAGGAACUCGUAGUUCCCAGUUGGUGAACUCCGGAUGACAUCAUGUAUGCAUUUGAGUGCUUGAAAUCUGAAAAACUCUUCAACCAAUGAGAAACUAGAUGGCUAAACUAGAUAAUGUUGCUAAUAAGUUAGUUAGCUUGCUAACGUGGACAAUAUGUCAAACCAUAGAAUGUAUUGGUCAAACUAACUACAUUAUGCACAUUAUUAAGGUUGUAAAUGGCUGUGUCGGCCAUCUUUUGAUCUGAAGGUGAAAGGUCAGGCAUCCUCAUUCAUUCUGGUCUGAGUUUCCCACUUGGAACUCCGACGUGGAGGAUCAUUCUAGUGGGUCUCCUCUGACUUUCCGAUUACAUACGAACGCACCACCAGUCUUUGACAUUAUUUCCAUUUACCUCAGGUGACCAAUGAGAUUUUUCCUGUGUGGACAUACUCCUACCUGGCUGUGAUGGUGCCCGUCUUCCUGCUCACCGAUUGGCUGCGCUACAAGCCCGUAGUGGUGUUCCAGUGCAUCAACCUCUUUGUUACGACAGCAAUGCUGCUCUGGCUGCAGGGAGUGGCAGCCAUGCAGGCAAUGCAGUUUGCCUACGCUGUGGUGACAGCCAGCGAGGUGGCCUACUUCUCAUACAUCUACAGCAUAGUGGACCUGAAACACUUCCGCAAAGCUACAUCCUACUGCCGUAGUGUACAGCUGCUAGGCUACACGAUGGGAUCUGUGCUGGGACAGUUACUGGUCAGUUUUAACCUCAUGUCCUACAACAACAUCCUGGUACUUAACCUGGUGUUGAUCUCCAUCGCCCUGGUGACUUCCCUCUUCCUGCCCAUGCCACAGAGAAGCAUGUUCUUCCAUCGGAGUCAGGAGAGGCAUAAAACUGGAAAUGUAGAAGAAAUGGAUGCCCAAGAACUACCAGAGGCCCUAGGAAGAGGGGACAUGUGUGCAGGUGAUGGGGAAAUGUUCCCUGAGGGGCCAGUGAGAGCUAGGAGCUGCAGCCAGGUUCUUAUCCAACUGUGGAGAGACUUCCUCCAGUGUUACUCUACAAGGGAGCUGCUGUACUGGUCAGUAUGGUGGGCACUGGCCACCUGUGGCUAUAACCAGACAACCAAUUAUGUACAGGUGCUGUGGCAGCACGUAGAGCCAUCCCAGAACUUCACAGUCUACAAUGGAGGGGUGGAAGCUGUGUCCAACCUAUUUGGUGAGUUGCCAACAACACUAUAGACUCAUUUCCUGGCGCUGUCAUGAAACGCUGUGCGCCCAGUUCGAGUUGGGUCUGACUGCGACCCGCGUCCUGUGCCAGGCCAGAACUGCCCAGGGAUGGACCGCCCAGGGAUACACGUUAGUUAACAUAGCGACCAGUGCACCAGUAUUUUAUUGAGGUGUUGCCAGCGGUAACUAUCAUAGCGACCUGUGCACCGGUGUUGUAUCGAGGUGCCUGCCGACUGGACAGCUGUAUCACGGCGGUAGCUAGUAACGUGGCCCAUUUUUGCCCCUCCCAGGAUUAUAUUUUAAGUAGGAUAGCAGUUUACACAAGAAAUAACUCAUAUUGGUAGUCAUCUACAUGUCACUGUGAUGCAGUCUACUCAAUGAAAAACCCUUCGGGUGCGUUCCUAAAUUCACUCUGGCUAUCUAUUCCGAUUUCAGAGCGCUCUCGUCUGAGUGUGCCAGAGUGUAGAAUAACUAAUGAAUUUACAAACGCGCAACACAUGUUGAAUAUGGCCGGUGUCAGUAAACAUCGGCAAAAAACAUAAUUAAAUUGUUGCCAGCAGCACAGUUACAGUCACCAAUGCUCGUCGUGGUCGACGCCAUCCCCAUUUAUCCGUUUCCAUCUCUUAGGUAUGUCCUUGGGCUCUCUCUUGCACAGUGCGUUGCUGCUGAGAGGGCAUAGGCUGAGGGACCGGUUUGGUGGGCUGCUGAGGUUUUGUUCUCUCGGACAGCGGUCUUGUGGGACAGACAGUAUGUAAGGGGUCAUGAUGUGGGAAGUGUUGGGACCGGCAGGGAGUACAUUCCGGCUCACUCGCUCUAGCCUAAACCAAUAGGAGCGUAGCCAUCCGAAACAGGACACAUGACCAUCUGUUUUUUGUAGAUGCUUGUCAAGCAUUAAUAAUCAAUCAUCAUCAACAGUCUAACACCUUACAAAGGUAUAUAGCAACUCCAUGUAAAAUGUUACUGCUCAGACCACUGUGUGUUCCUUGCAGCGGCAGCGACGGCCUAUGGUAUUGGUUUCACCGAGGUGGAUUGGGCCCAGUGGGGAGAGUUGGCUCUGGGUUCAUUCUCUGGCCUGGGAGCUGCAGCCCUUUUCACCAUGACUUUCACAGCCAGCAUCUGGGCCUGCUAUGCUGGCUACAUUGUAUUCAAGUGCCUCUACAUGCUGCUUAUCACCAUAGCCAUGUGAGUGCAAAUAUAGUCAUGAUAAACUGAGAAUUACUGCCGUCUGAAGAACAAUACGCCUUAUUUCACAUUUAGAAAUUCCCUUUUGUCAGUAAUAUAUUAAAGGGACACCUGUUAUGAGUCCACAUCCCACACCAUUGGUUGAGUAGAUAGAUCUAGAUACACGCCUCAUACCCAAAUUAAUGGAAAAGAUAAGCACUGCAAAUCUGGAAAUGACAUGGGGCCUGAUUCAAACUUAGGAAAUGAACGCCUUUCCUACGCACUUCUCAAUAGUUACUUUUCAGACCUUAUUCAGGUACAUAACGGGCCUAGCAGGCGUGGUUCCCUGACACACGCUGAAUAUAUUUCAUUCAACCGCUGAAAACCCUCCCACUUGCUGGCCAACAUUUUCUCGUGGAGUUUUCAUUCAUUAGGGUUUUCAGUACAUUUAUCUAAAGCCAUCCCUUUAAAUUUGGUGUAAUUCACUCCACAGAGUCACUAGAAUAUAUGGAGAGAACGUUCAGAAUAUUAGGGAUCAAUGAAAGAAAGCCUUGUAAAUACACUCAUAUUCGUCUCCUUUUCAGCACCAAUUGGUAGAUUUAAAAAUACUCUGAUGUAUAUUAUUUAGGGUUAGAUAAGUAUUUAUGAAUCAUUUUUAAAAAACAGGUUAGAGUGCCUCUACCCACUAAAUAUAUUGGUGAAUGAAAAAUACAUUGGUUUGAUUCAUCCUGAAAGUUUCCAUAUUCAAUUGUUUAAUCCAUUAAAUAUUGGAAGGUGAGAAAAGUGUACAAUAGAGGUAGAACCAUAUUCCUACAAAUCUACCUUAAUAAUCCUCACUAAUCAUGGAACUGUGAUGACAACGGUCCAGUCAUCGUGAACCGUGCGCCAGGCUCCAGUUUUAAACUGUUAAGUAUUGGUCUGCGUUCCAUAAUGAUUCAAAUAGGCUACAUGUCCCAAAUUAUUACUUGUAAAACGUUAGCCUAAUAUGAUCCACUAUUGCUAGCGAUCCUCAGGAACAAUCACAUGAAUGUGACAGAUGAAAGGUAAACUAAUGAUGUAAUGGAAUGAUGCAAAAUGUAAAGAAACUAACACUAAAGUGAGUUAUAAAUGUAUUGGUAUAAUUGACGAUGGCUACCAAUAGUGGCUAAUAUUUAACACGAUACAAAUUGUUUAAAAAAUACAGUGAAAAGUCCAGGCAUAUAAUUAAAACAUUCUAGAAAUCAUAAAUCAACUCGGUAGGUUUGGCGCUAUACUGUAAUUUGCGCAUGGCUACAGAAGCCUAUAGCUUGGGUCUCCAAGAUUCAUCCCUGCAGGUUAUAAGGCCAGCAUUUCAUAAACCUCACUGUGGGAAAAUUGAUAUGUUGAUAUGCUUCAGUUUUCUGCCAUAUGACUGGUUUUACAUGUCUCAAGCAAUCAUAGGGUAAAAUAUAUUUACAAUCCCCUUAUCCAAACAAUUUACUAAUUUACCUAGCGCUUAUCAAUUUGUAAAUUACAGUGCAUGGAGAAUGGUGCUAUUUCUAUUGGAAAAAAUUAAGUAGGCCUAGUUGUUGCUCCACUUAGGACAGGUUGCUCGACAUUAUUCAUAGUUUCAUCACGUGUAAAGGUGGUGGAAUUAUGAGGGAAUUAAGCCAAGGCCAGAAUACAGAAUAUCUGUAGACACACCUCUGCCAAACCUACAUUUCUGUGAUCUCCCCACUGAACGAAUAGCUGGCUGAAACAUGUGGAGUAGAGAGAAAAUUGCAUAAAAAGGGAAUUAAGUUCCAUUUGCGUGCACAUAACUUGGGUCUGAAUCGGCCCCAUGGUGUUUAUCUAUUUAUUCUAUUAAUUUUAGAUUGAAAUGUAACAAAAUUACCCUUUAAUAUUUGGUAGAGGGAAAAACAUGUGCCCCCUUUCCUUCCAGGUUCCAAAUUGCUACUGACGUCUCCAUGGAGAGAUAUGCACUGAUCUUUGGAGCAAACAAUUUUGGGGCUUUGGUCCUUCAGACUAUCAUCACAUCCAUUGUGGUGGAUGGCAGGGGGCUUGGCUUGGGCAUCAUUCCACAGGUGAGUUAACAGUUCAAGUGUCACAGGACAAUAAUAAGACCUGCUUGCUAGCCCUACGACUGAAGAGUUAGGAAAAAGCUUCAUACCGCUCCACUCUUUCUUGCAGUUCACCAUUUAUGGAAGCUACUUCUCAGCCAUCGCUGUCAUUUUCUUUCUGAGGGGUGUGUACAUGAUUAUGAGAAUGCGGCAAAGCCACCGAGAGUCCACCACUGCAGAGGAGCAGCCUACAAGUCUGAAAGACAGUGACACUGGCCCUGAACAAAGACUCUGA